AUGGGCGGAGAUUUGAAUUUGAAAAAGUCAUGGCACCCGGGCCUGUUCAAAAAUCAGGAGCGGGUAUGGCAGCAGGAGCAGCGCGCACUCGAGGAGCGCAAGCAGAUCGAGCAACUGCGACGCGAGCGAGAUGAAGAGCGACAAAUGCAGGAGAUUCAGCGACUCCAAGAAGCCUCUGGAAAGUCAAGGCAACAAACCCGUGUCGAUUGGAUGUACCAGGCACCCUCAAGCGCGACCGGACACUACUCGGAAGAGAUGGAGGGAUAUCUACUUGGAAAGCGACGCAUUGACGGAGUUUUGCUCAAGAACGACCCCGACACCAAGAAGCUAGAGAAGGGUUCGGAGGUAGUAGGCAAUGGUGCCGCCGCCGGACCAUCUGUCGGCUCCCAGCGCGAUACCAUGGCGAAGGUUAUGGCGGACCCGCUGCUCGAGGUCAAGAAGAGAGAACAAGCUGCAUAUGAGGCGAUGGUGAAGGAGGCUAUUAAACGCAAAGAACGGGAGCAAAAACGCGAGAGCCGUAACGGAGGGAAGGACAAGGACCGCGAACGCCGCCAUCGCACCCACGACUCCAAGCGCAGACGGUAUAGCGAUGAUGCAGGCGAUGACCGCCGCGAUCGCCACCGGAGAUCUUCGCCUCGUCGACACAGAUCCCGAUCCCGAUCCCCUGCUUCGCCUGAUCGAUCCUCCCGCAGAUACAGAAGUGGCCGGGACCGUGAUCGCCGCGACGACGAACACCGCUCAGAUAAACGUGACCGGAGAAGCGACGACACUCAAACUCGCCGUGAUGAUAGAGAUCGAGGCCGCGAUCGUCGCGACUACCAAGACAAGAAAGAUACACACACCAGCCGACACCAAGACCGUGACGACAGAGGAGACCGUGACCGUGACCGCUCGCCGCGCCGGUACUCCCGCUCUCCACGUCCGGCGAGCGAUCGCAAAGAACGACCCGUGAACGACGACCGACGUCGUGACUACCCCCGGCGCGAUUACAAUAACCGGCGCGACUCUGGCCGGAACGACUCUGGCCGGAACCAAGGAUCAGCCUCUGCGCGUCCCUCAGUGCCUAAGCCUGAUCCCAAGGAAGAGGAAGAGGAACGCCAGCGCAAACUAGCAGAAAUGCAAUCCAAUGCUGCAGAUAUGGAAUCGGAGCGUCUUCGGCGAAUCACAGAUCUAUCUGCCAAGGAACAGCAGCAGCAAGAAGCGGAUGAUCGGCAGCGUUCUGAUCGUGGCAGGUUCAUGUCUGAUGUCAACAAGCGAGUGCAGGAGGAUAGCCUUGAUGAGCGCAUUCGUCGGAGCCGCGGAGGACUUUCGAAGAUGGAAGAGGACUGA